AUGACCACUUCAGCUGUAACGCCAACAAAGCCCUUCUGGUCAAUCGGCCUGGGUAUUUUCUUGCUUGUCCUCACUCUCAGUAUCGCCCUAAGUCUGCUGCCUUUACUUGUUGUUCAUUACCAACAUGCUGUUGAAGCCGUCUUGCACGUUAAAAUUUCUGCCUUCUUAGUCAUCGCAUUCUACAUCGCGGAAUAUCUGCAGAAGAUGUUUGCAAAAUAUUUGCAGCUCGUGCUCGACUCUGUGGUUUACGGCGCGUUGAUUCAACAGCCAGUAACUGAUGGCAAAUCUGCACGAGCUAUGAGAAAGUCGGACUCUUUGAAUACCAUUCUGAAAGUGGUGCUGCUUAAAGGCCUUCCGACGACUCUGACAGCCAUGGCGACGUUCAAGCAGUUGGGGUAUCCUUUAGUAUGGGCGUUUGCAUUUCCUCUCGCCAUGCUGUUGGCAAUAUGCGUUAUCUGGACGACUUUCCUCUCAUCAUUAUGGGAGGAGACGCUGUCUGCAAAGGCCGACAGAGACGAUAUGAUGGAGUAUUUUGAAAGUGUUUCUAAGAUCCAAGCAUCCAACAAGAGCGAGUUUCCGAUCAAUCUCCACGAGGUCUUAGGGGCGCUUCAACAACCGAAAUCGUUAGGCUUGACCGAAACGGAGUUGAGUAAUCUGUCUAUGGAAUCCUUUACCGGCAGAGUCAAGACGCGCCGGAACGAACUUCAACAGGCCUAUAUUGAGUCACAAGUGAAACGAUAUCAUGCAUUUAUUGGUUGGACAACCUCCCAACUGUUCGUCGGGAUUCUAGCAUUCGUCUCAGUAUUGCGUCACGAUACUGAGGCCGUGAUUCUUUGCGGGCGGCUCGGGCAUCAGGUCUCGUCGCUGGAUGACGGAUGCGAAAAGAUUGCCCAGAGCUUUCCCAAAGCUUUUCAAAUUCUAAAGGCAAUGGAGGAUGCCGGAGGAAUCUGGCUACGACUAAGAGAGGGGAGUGAUCAGGCGAGUAACGCAUUGUUUGACGCCCUGCGUUUGGGGAGGGUGAGUUCGAAUAACAGUGGUAUUCAGAUCAAAAAGGUCCAUCUAAGGAAUAACUCUUCCCCCACUUACGGCACGGUCAACCACUCUGCUGAAUGGGCAUAA